AUGGCGUUCUAUCGUUGUGGGCCCACAGCUAUCGGUAACCGGGCAUCUUGGUCGGUGACCAGCCCCGACAAGAGCUUCGACCGACCUCUCAGUGGCAACUAUGACAGGAUCUUCAAUGCCUUCGAAAGGACCAACGCGUUCGAGUAUGUCAAGAGCACUUUUGAGGGGAAAGAGGAAAGACACACAGCUUCUACCGACGUAGUGGUUAACAGGAAGCUGUCCAGUAGUUUCGAAAGGGCGGACUGCGCGCUGGCCGCCCAGACACCGUGCUCGGAAGAUGAAGAGUUUUACAAGGAGAAGAUCCUCUAUUCGCAGGCGAGACAGCUGUUUCCCUUGCAGGAAGACUUGGCAGAUUGGAUAAAUAAGACAAUUGGUAUAACAUACCUUACUGGCGAGAACUUUCUGGAUGUCCUAGACAAUGGCGCAGAAUUGUGCCAACUCGCAGCGGUCAUUCACGACAGAGCUAGAGAAGCACUGGAUCAGGGAAUUAUCGUGGGGCCGGUCCCCGCAAUAAAGGGAAGAUGUUGGCAACGAGCGGCCAGACGUAGCUUCUUCUCGCGAGACAAUGCUGAGAAUUUUAUAACGUUCUGCAGGGAAUUAGGUGUUCAUGAGAAUUUGCUCUUCGAAAGUGAUGAUCUUGUUCUGCACAACCAGCCACGACAAGUGAUCCUAUGCCUACUAGAGGUAGCCCGACUAGCCACAAAAUUCAAUGUGGAGCCGCCAGGAUUGGUCGCUUUGGAGAAAGAAAUCGCGUUAGAGGAAAGGGAUUCGGGACUUGAUUCGGCCAUGUCUGGAGCCGCUUGGCAAUUCAGAGAUGUCUCCCCACCUCUCGAAAAGCGCAAUAAAGACGUUAAACAGCCCUCAAAUACGGAACCGAAUGAGAAUGAAGUGUGCGUGGCAGACAGCGUGGAAGUGGCGAGCAUCCGCUCCGACAGUUCCGACUCAGACACGGACGUGCCCCUGCGUCCCACUAACGAGCUCGACAAAAGAGUGCAGUCCAUAACCCGUCUGCUCGAGCGUGGGUGCAGCUGCGGUUCAGGCAAGUGUUCCCGGCUGUUGAAGGUGAAGAAGGUGGGAGAGGGACGCUACAACAUCGCCGGUCGAAAUGUCUUCAUUAGGUUACUAAAAGGACGUCACAUGAUGGUGCGCGUAGGUGGUGGCUGGGAUACCCUGGAGCACUUCCUCUCGCGACACGAGCCGUGCCAGGUGCGCCUCGUAACGCAAGGCCGACGCGAUCUGCUGCCGCUCGCACCCGCACCCGCUAUCACGCCUAGAACCACACCCUCACCCACCAACAAAACCAGAGACCCUUCAUCCAACAAAGACUGUCCAUCACCGACACCGCUCACCAAUAGGGCGACACCAUCACCUAACAGGAUGGAGAAAAUGUCGUCGCGCAGCAGCGUCUCACCAGCCAGCAGCAAGAACUCACUAAGCAAGGAGUCUUCCAUUAACAGCAUAUCUCCGGCUCACAGCAAGACUUCAAUCAGCGGCCAAACAUCACCGAUUGAGCCCACGAAUAAACAGAAAGGCAAAGCUGGAAACGGGAAAGUCACGUCAACACCGAUCAAACCUCUAGUGACCCGAAACCGUUCCGCCUUGACGUUGCCACUUAACGAGCAAAAGCCUAACGCUCGCAGAAAACAAUCUGCGCCGGCCAGUUUCAGCACUCCAAACACUCCGAUCAACCGACCCGUCGACCAGAAAAAGUCUUUUACGACUCCGAAGAAGUCGCGCAGCAUGAGCUUAGCGCUGCAAAACGACAAGAAGUUCUGCGGCACGGAUAAAUUAAACCAGACGAAGGCUCGAAGCGCCAGCGUCGCGACUUCGGCGGACAACACUCCCAGAAAGACGAGGAGCCAAAGUCUCGCUUCUACGCCGGUCAACGAACCGAAGAAGUUAUUUGGCAACGGAUACGGGAAGAAGACUCGGAGCAUGAGCCUCGCGAACGCCAAUGACUUUCCCAAGCCCUUGAAGAAGAGCCUGUCCGCGACCGGCGCACCGCUGACGCAGGCCGCUAUCGAGGAGAGCAUUAGACUAUCGUUAGAAGCCAGCAUCGCGGACACGUCUUCCCCGAAGAAGCCAUACUUGCACAUUAAAGCCAAAUACCGGAGUCCUCCGCCGCGCGAAGUGCCGCCGAGAUAA